ACACAUUUUCCCACCUACAAAUACAAUCAGCAGCAAGCCAGCAAUUAAGCAAACAAUACUAGUCCUAAAAAAAAAAAAACCUUGAAAGUCAAAGGAGAGAGAAAAAAUGUCAGGAAGAGGAAAGGGAGGAAAAGGGUUAGGAAAGGGAGGAGCAAAGAGGCAUAGGAAGGUUUUGAGAGAUAACAUUCAGGGUAUCACUAAGCCUGCAAUUCGUCGAUUGGCUCGACGAGGCGGUGUUAAAAGGAUAAGUGGUCUUAUCUAUGAAGAAACUCGUGGUGUUCUUAAGAUCUUUUUGGAGAAUGUUAUUAGAGAUGCAGUUACUUACACUGAGCAUGCUCGUCGUAAAACUGUUACUGCCAUGGAUGUUGUUUAUGCUUUAAAGAGACAGGGUCGUACUCUUUAUGGUUUUGGGGGUUAGAUUUUGUUUGCUGUUUUUCAAUUCCAAUGUAAUUGCAAAUUAGAUGGUUUAUAUGAAAUGGAUGCGUUUUUAAAUA